AUGGACCCCGUCCCCAUGCCGUACCUCCCCGCCGAGGUCUGGCUCAUGAUCCUCGAGAGGCUGCCUCCCUCAUUUUUCCAGCAAGAUAUCCGCCGCCUGACCCUCUCAAAACGCUGGUACAGCCUCGCCUUCCCCACCUUCUACACGCGUAUCGAGUUCACACCACGCGUUAUCAGCCGCCUGGUGCACCGCAAGUCUAGAUCCCUCGACAAGUCGCGUGCCCAGCUGCGAAAGUCACUGCGCUCUGUCAACAUUGUUCUCGACGGGCUCCCGGGCGUCAAUGGCAGUAGCCGUAGCGGCGGGGGCGGCGCGGACAUCGCAUGCUUCAACACACCCGCCAACCUCGCCCGGUUCUGCGUGAUGCUGCUCGAGUUCCGCGAGCUCAAGGAGGUGCGCUUCGCCGCACGGUGGCCGAACCGGGCGUGGCGCGCCGACCCGCUGCAGGGCAACUACCUGCACCUCCGCAGCGUGGAGCCGUACCUAACCCUCCUAACGCACGUCACGGCGCUGGACCUGGACCUGUGCGGCACCGACGUGGCGGGCGACGCGGCGACGACGGCGCUGCACUUCUGCGGCCACGUGCGGCCUCUGCUGUCGCGCCUGCGCUCCCUCCGCCUGCGCAUGCGCAGCAUCUGCCACCUGGCCCUGCGCCCGCUCGACGACGGCCGCCCCGUCACGCUCGCCGAGCUGCGCCUGAGCCUGUACCUCGGCCGCGUCUCCGAGAACAACCCCAAGCUCAACGCGAGCCGGACUUGCCCCUACUGGGCCUCGUGGGAGCGCACCGUGCCGAUGGAUGAGAUGCGCGCGCGCAUGAGGGCGUUGGUGAAGCAGAUGGUCGAGCCCAAGCGCGCCGAGCUGGUGCAUCUAGCGCCGAGCGGGGAUGUGCAUGUGUGGGAUGCGUCGACGGGUGUUUGCGUCAAGGACGAGUCCGAGAAGCCCAUGAAGUUUCAUCCGUACUUUGAAGGGAAGCGCUCGCGGUCGUGCUUCCAUAAGCACGCGGAUGAUUGGCAAUUUGAUGACGAGGUUGGUGUUGGGGGUAUAUUUACUUCGUACCCAGACGAAGAAUCCGAUGAAGACGAAACAUGA